AUGCAACAAACACAAGGACAAAAUUUUCAUAAUCCUCGAUUGAGUACGAGUUCAUACUCAUCAUUAUCAGCAGCAACAACGGCUCUGCUCAAUGGACUCUUACCAGGUCAUCGAUUCUCUCAAACAUCAGGGAAUGCACCAACAAUGGCUGCAAAUCUUAGUACAAAACAAUUACUAGCAUUACAAAGAACGAAUAAUCGAUUAAAACGAUCACAAAAUAUUAAACGUACAGGAAUUAUUUUGAUAUUAUCGAUUAUUCUUGCUUGUCUUCUUCUAAUUACAAUUCAAUGUGCAACAAGAGUAGUUAAAUUACAAGCAAAAGAUCAUCUAUUUAAUUAUUGGGAUCAAUUAUCUAAUGAUAGUAUAAUAAAUAGAACAAAUUCUACAGAAAAUAAAGAUUAUUCAAUUCGUGCAUUUUUUACUUGUGUUUGGAUUUUCAAUGCAUUAUUACUUAUUUGUUGUUUCUUAAUACAUUUAAUAUUAAGUCAACGUCGUUCCAGUCGUAAUAAAGCAACAGCUGCAUUUCUCAGAGAAUUUGGUCAAAUAUUUCAUAAUAGGAAAUCAUCAUCAAAUAAUACAUUAGCAGAUUGUUUAAUAAAAACAUGUUUAUUAUGUUUUCUUUGGUAUUCAUCUUGUUAUUUUAUAUUUCGUUCAAUGACAAUUCUUAUUUCUAUGAAUAUUAUUAUUAUUUAUUCCGUAACAGUAACAGCACGACAAUUUCUUGGAUGGAUUUUUUUACAUGAACAAUUUAUUGGUAAUAAGAUAAUUGCUAUUAUACUUGGAUCAUCAACUUUACUUUUUCUUGCUCAUUCGAAUGGCUUUCGUCUUAAUGAAUUUUUAUUAGGUGUUGUAAUGAUGACAUGUGCUGCAGCAUUGAAAACAAUUUUUGAUAUUCUUAUUCAUGGAUUUAUUAAAGAUUUAACAGAUACUAAAUUGAGAAUUGCAAUGAUUAAUGUGUGUUUCUUGGGUACAUUUGUUCUUUGGCCAUUUGUUUUACUUAUACAUUUUACACAAAUUGAACGAUUAGAAUAUAAACAUAUUCCAUGGUCAUUAAUCAUGAUAACAUUGAUUUGUUCUCUUACAUUCAAUAUUCUAACAAUUGUCAUACCAUUUAAAUAUAGUUCAGUAUCUAAUAUAGCUUGUCUACUUUUUGUUAUCCCAUCAACUGCUGUAAUCGAUCGUUAUUUAUUAAAUAUUAAUUAUUCACCUCUAGUCAUUUCAGCUAUUUUAUGUUCAUUUGGUGGUACAUUAUUAUCAAUCGUACCAAAACAAUGGUUUCAUACUAAUGAAAAAACCAAAAUGAAACAAACUUUAGGAUUACUUCAUAAAGAUUCAAAUGUAAAUACAAGUACAAUAGCUGCAAGUGGUACAACAUUAGGUGGAACAUCUUCCGCAUUAGAUGAAAUACGUGCUCAACGACGUAUUCGUAAUGCACUUUUAUAUAAUGAGGUCAAAACAUGA